CGGCGCCCGCGGCGCGGGGCGCUAGAGCCGCGGCAGGAUGAACCCCAAUGUCACCUACGCCAGUCGCAAGCGGCGGAAACCUGUGCAGAAAAUUGUGAAGCCAUCCCCAGCUGAAGGAGCCAAAUCCAAUCCCUCCAAGAGACACAGGGACCGCCUGAAUGCGGAGCUGGACCGCCUGGCGAGCCUGCUGCCCUUCCCGCAGGAUGUCAUCGCCAAGCUGGACAAGCUCUCUGUGCUUAGGCUUAGCGUCAGCUACCUAAGAGCAAAAAGCUUUUUUGAUGUUGCAUUGAAAUCAUCUAGCUCUAUCAGACCAGAAAGAAAUGGCAUUCAGGAAACCUCUAGAACAGGAAAGUGUGGAGAAGGGAUGCAGAUCCUGGAAGGAGAACUCCUCUUGCAGGCAUUAAAUGGAUUUGUGUUAGUCGUUACAGCAGAUGCUCUGGUGUUUUAUGUCUCUUCUACUAUCCAAGACUAUUUGGGAUUCCAACAAUCAGAUAUUAUACACCAGAGUGUAUUUGAAUUGAUUCACACAGAAGACAGACCUGAGUUUCAACGACAGCUACAUUGGGCAUUAAAUCCUGCCCAGUCAGGAGAUUCUGGACCAAGCGUACAAGGAGAUAAUGGCUUUUCACAGCCAGCAACCUAUUAUAACCCAGACCAACUUCCUCCAGAGAAUUCUUCCUUUAUGGAAAGGAAUUUCAUCUGCAGGUUACGAUGCCUCCUGGAUAAUUCAUCUGGAUUCCUGGCUAUGAAUUUUCAAGGACGAUUGAAGUUUCUCCAUGGACAAAACAAGAAAGGGAAGGAUGGUGCUGCUUUGUCUCCUCAGCUUGCACUGUUUGCAGUAGCCACUCCCCUGCAGCCACCAUCCAUCCUUGAGAUACGAACCAAAAACUUCAUCUUCAGAACUAAACACAAACUGGAUUUCACACCCACUGGCUGUGAUGCAAAAGGAAAAAUUGUCCUGGGAUACACUGAAGCAGAGCUGUGUAUGAGAGGAACAGGAUACCAGUUUAUUCAUGCAGCUGACAUGCUCUAUUGUGCUGAAAAUCACAUCCGAAUGAUGAAGACAGGUGAGAGUGGAAUGACUGUAUUUAGGCUUCUAACCAAAGAAAAUCGAUGGGCCUGGGUGCAGGCAAAUGCACGGCUUGUCUACAAAAAUGGAAGACCAGAUUACAUCAUUGCCACGCAAAGACCUCUUACAGAUGAAGAAGGGGCAGAACAUCUACGGAAGCGUAACAUGAAGUUGCCCUUCAUGUUUGCCACGGGUGAGGCUGUGUUGUAUGAGGUAUCUUUCCCUAUGUCAAGCCUUAUGGACCCCUCUCAACCGAAGAGUAAAAGCACGGUGGGAAAAGGAGGCAAAGCAACGCUACACGAUGACUCUGUGGAUCCAAACUCCCUCCUAGGUGUCAUGUUAAGGCAAGACGAGUCUGUUUAUCUCUGCCCUCCAGCCUCACAUAAACUUUCUUUUGAGCGGAACUUCUUUGCAGACAGUAGGGAUGAACUGGGUGGUGUUGUUAGCGGUGGCUGGACAGACAAUCUCCUACCUGCUGGAAAUCACAACAUUCUCAAACGGGAGCUGAUGGAGUGUUCCCAGGACAGUACUGUUCCACUUCCUGAAGACAGUGCAGCACUCUUUCAGGAUAACAAAACCAGUGAUUUGUACAGCAUCAUGAAAAAUCUGGGUAUUGACUUUGAAGAUCUAAAGUGUAUUCAGCAGGACGAGGAGUUUUUUAAAACUGAAUUAUCUGAUGUGGAUGAUCUUGGGGACAUCAACAUAACUGACGAAAUCCUGACUUAUGUUCAGGAUUCCUUAAAUAAAUCUGACUUCUUAUAUUCAGACUGUAACCAGCAGCAGCCCUUGGUCCAGAACGAAGGUUGCAUGGUACAGCAAGACUUAGGUCCACAUCAACUUCAUCAGCACCAGAAGCAGCUUGUGGAACAGCAACAGCAGCAGCAGCAGCAGCAGCAGCAGCAGCAACAGCAGCUGUGUCAAAAGAUGAAACAUAUGCAAGUCAAUGGGAUGUUCACAAAUUGGAGCUCUGGCAUGCCUCUUAGCUGCUCACAGCAGCAGCCCCAGCAAUACAUGUUCCCUGGCAUGCAUGCCAGUACAUCUGAGUUCUCUUACAAAUCAGAAGUUAACACUUCCCCUUAUGAGUGUAGGCAAGACUUUGUUCCUUACAAGCAACCCACAGCAAUGAUGCCACAGCUCUCUAAUUUUUCUCAAAUGGAUUUUCCUGCAGCAGGUUUUGAUGGAUCGACCUAUUCUGCUUCUUCCAACUUUGAGGAUUUUCUCAGUUGUUUGCAGCAAGUCCCUGAAAGCCUUGAGUGUGGGAUAAACUCUGAGUCGGUUAUGCUGACUCCUCAAACCUGCUAUGCAGGCGCUGUUUCCAUGUACCCGUGCACGCAGGAGGCACAGCCCAGCUGCAUGGAUCAAAUGCAGUAUGAUCCUGUGAUGACAAAUCAGCAGCAACAACCCUUGGGGAACAAGUUCCAAAAUGGUUUCAAUGGAGGAAAUGUAAAUGAAUCAUAUCCCUCUCAGUUAGAUGUGAUCAGUAAUGCACAGACUGCCACACAUCUUCAGCCUCUUCAUCAUCCAAAAGAACCCAGAUCCUUCUCAGAUUUGGCAUCUAGUGGAUUUAUGUGAUUCAGACCUAGAGCUCCAUCUGUGAUUUUGUCUGGGCAUCAGGUUGCUCUGAGGAAAAGCUUGAUAUGUCUCUCUUUGAGUGUCAGACUUGAACAGCUAAAUUCCAUUUUGAGAAUAUGAGGUUGGUUGCACUAUAUACGGGUGGAUAUGUAAUUCAAGACCUGGCUUCUUAGAAUGACAGGUGGAAUUAAAUCUUCUGAUUUAAAGUAUGCAUGUGCUGUUUUCCAUCAGGCUGACUGUGUCCUUGCAGUAUGGAUUACAUACAUACUACAGACUAUGUCAUGCUAUACAACAUAAGAUAAGGCAAAUGGUUUUGUUAUUUAGAAAAUAAUUGGGCACUUUACAAAUAGCAUUGAUGGCACAAGGAAGGUGAUUCACAUGUGGAUUAUUUCCAGACUU